AAACCAGUUUACAUUUUGAUAUUACCAAGUGCUGCAAUCAUUAGUGAAAUAAAAUGAAAAUUUUAAGCGUAAUUAUCACCAUCGCUACAAUAUUAACGUCUGGAGUGCUUAGUGGUGGUCCAGCUGACUGUGCCAUUGCAUAUGAAGCUGCAUUUUCACUGUCUCAGCUUUUACAGGAAGAAUACGCCAUGUUAAUUACAAAUUCAGCCAAUCAACCCAUUCAAGAUCAAAUAAUGCUGAUUGGAGCUGAAGCAGAAGCACUUUUGGAACAUCCUGAUAUAACUGAACAAGAUGUUGCUGGCUUGACUAUUUUAAACGAUAAAACAGCUCAUACAGCCAUUUGUCUUAUCAAUUUUUACUCUCAAUAG